UGGGGGGUAAGGGGUUGGCAUCCAGUUUGGGGAGAAUUAAUAGAUUGGAGUUUUGUUUUGAUUUCUUUUCUUACCAAACUGAGACCUGGUGGAUGAAUCAGCUUAAUCACUGCCUCUCUCGGUCCCGGACCAGAGCACUGCCUUGUAUUGAGCUUUCUCAGUAAUGCCCGAGUUGCGGGCUACUCUUAUCUGUCAAGAAAUGCUCACCAAGUGCUGGGCGUUGGGAAUACAUGUACAAAGGAUGAAGCAAUUCCUGCAAUCAAAAAGCCUUUACAAGUCAUGAACUCCUAAGGUUCUUUCCUUAUGCUUAAUUGAGCAAGUCUACUCGACUUUCCUAUUUAUGAGACUGAGUGGUGGAGUGGAUAGAGAGAGUUGGCUGGCUUCUGAGUCUGGAAGAUCAGGGUUCAAGUUCUACCUCUGGCGUAUAUUGAUUUGUGAGCCUGGUUCAACAUUCUAAAUAAAUCUGCUGAGAUGACACCUUCUCAAGUUACCUUUGAAUUAAGAGGAACUCUGUUACCAGGAGAAAUUUUUGCAAUAUGUGGAGAUUGUGACACUUUGGGAAAUUGGAAUCCUCAAUGUGGUGUGGUUCUUAAACCUGAAGAGAAGCCAAAUGAUGGUAUUCUAUGGAAAACAACCAUUUCACUCAGUAGAGGAAUACCAGUUCAGUAUCGAUACUUUAAAGGAUACUUUCUCGAUCCAAAGACUAUCGGUGGUCCAUGUCAAGUCAUAGUUCACAAGUGGGAGACUCAUCUACAACCACGAUCAAUAACCCCUUUAGAAAAUGAAAGCACUGUUGAUGAUGGACAGUUUGGAAUCCACAAUGGUGUUGAAAAUCUGGAUACUGGAUGGCUGACAUGUCAGACUGAAAUAAGAUUACGUCUACAUUAUUCUACAGGACCACCUGUCUUGAUAUCCAAGAAAAAAUUUAAAAAAUCUAGGUUUAGGGUAAAGGUGACAUUAGAAGGCCCAGAAGAUGAUGAAGAUUGCUUAUCUCCCACUAUCCAUCACAAACUGGCAAAAAAUUUAGAGAUAUCCUUAGUAAGUGACAAUGAAUUCAAAUGUCGGCAUUCUCAACCAGAAUGUGGUUAUGGAUUGCAACCUGAUCGAUGGACAGAAUAUCACGUACAAACGAUGAAACCAGAUAAUUUGGAAUUAAUCUUUGACUUUUUUGAAGAAGAUCUAAGUGAAACGGUUGUUCAGGGAGAUGCACUUCCAGGACAUGUUGGUACAGCAUGUCUGUUGUCUUCUACUAUUGCUGAAAGUGGAAGAAGUGCAGGAAUUCUCACACUUCCCAUCAUGAGCAGGAAUUCAAGAAAAGCAAUUGGCAAAGUUAAAGUUGAUUAUAUAAUUAUUAAGCCAAUACGAGGAUACAACUGUGAUAUGAAGUGUUCAUUUUCAAAGUACUGGAAUCCAAGAACACCUCUGGAUGUUGGACAUCGAGGUGCAGGAAACUCUACUACUACCGCCAAGCUUGCUAAAGUACAAGAAAAUACAAUUGCUUCUUUAAGAAGUGCAGCUAGUCAUGGUGCAGCUUAUGUAGAAUUUGAUGUUCAUCUUUCGAAGGAUUUUGUACCCGUUGUAUAUCAUGAUCUCACUUGUUGCAUGACUAUGAAAAAGAAAUUUGAUCAUGAACCAACAGAACUGUUUGAAAUUCCAGUGAAAGAAUUAACUUUUGAACAACUCCAGCUGUUGAAGCUAUCUCAUGUAACUGCACUAAAAUCAAAAGAGUUCUUAAAUGCAUCUUUAGCCACAGAAGAAAAUUAUGUCUCUGAAAAUCAACCAUUCCCUUCUCUCCAGAUGGUUUUAGAGGCUUUGCCAGAGGAUGUUGGAUUUAACAUUGAAAUAAAAUGGAUUUGCCAACAAAGGGAUGGAAUAUGGGAUGGCAACUUGUCAGCAUUUUUUGACAUGAACCUGUUCUUGGAUAUAGUUUUAAAGACUGUUUUAGAAAAGUCUGGAAAUAGAAGAAUUAUAUUUUCUUCAUUUGAUGCAGAUAUCUGCACAAUGAUUCGACACAAGCAAAACAAAUAUCCUGUUUUGUUUUUAACUCAAGGAAAAUCUAAUGCUUAUCCUGAACUCAUGGAUCUAAGAUCUAGGACAACUUCCAUUGCAAUGAGUUUUGCACAGUUUGAAAAUUUGCUGGGGAUCAAUGCACAUAGUGAAGACCUCCUUAGGAAUCCAUCAUAUGUCGAGGAAGCAAAGUCUAAGGGUUUAAUAAUAUUCUGUUGGGGUGAAGAUACCAAUGAUCCUGAAAACAGAAGGAAGCUGAGAGAAUUAGGUGUUCAUGGCCUAAUCUAUGACAGGAUAUAUGAUUCGAUGCCUGAACAGCCAAAUAUAUUCCAGGUAGAGCAGCUGGAGCGUCUAAAGAAAGAAUUACCAGAGCUCAAGAGUUGCUCAUGCCCCACUGUUAGCCAUUUUGCCUAUACACCGCAUGUGUGUAUGUAGGUCACACAAGUCUGCCAAAUAGUAUAGCUAACUUAAAGAAUGCUUAAUCCUUUAUUGCACAGAGGCCUUUUAGGGUCAUAUACUGCUACUUGGGAUAUGUAGUUUUCAUCAUUCAGCACUGCUUAUGCCUUUUGGUUUUCUCAGUCCAAAUGAAGCAAUAAUUAAGUAUUCUACUAUUCCACUACAGUUCUUGCUAGAAUUUCAAAUAUUCUUGGCCAGGUAUAAUUAGUAAAGAGUCUCUACCUAUAAGAAAAAAAAAAUUGAAUGGCUGGUAAACCUCAGAAAACAAGAUUCAAAUUUUAAGCAUUUUUAAAUUAAAAGAGUAGUAGCACUUUAGAAUCUGUAAAGAUAACAUAUAGUAUUGACAUACUUGGUAAACUUUUCAUUUGAUGAGAUCUAAAAUCAUUAGCACUGGAGGAAAAUGACUAUGCAUAAUUAUACCUGACCAUGGAAAAAAUAAGUACCUCAAAUGCAUGCAUUUGCACUGGUGGUUCCAACUAUACAAAUAUUUGUGCCAUCUGUGUAUGUUUCUUAUGUGGACUGUCAUGCACAUAAACCGUUUUUGUUCAGUAUGAACCUUGAGGCUGCUGCCAUUUUCCCACUCAGCCAGAUAUAUGCCUGUGUAAAAAGCCUUGGGGUAAAAAAGUGAAUUUGUAUAACAUCUCCAAAAGUUGUUUUGCAUUAACUUGUCAAAUUUUAAAUGCAGCAGAUAAUAUAAUAUCUAAAAUAUGAAUGAGUCAUUGAAGACAUUUCUGCAGCUUUAAAAAAUUGCGCAUAUCUUAAGUGAAACAGAUCACAUGAUGUAUAAAUUCUACUGAAUGCAUGCUUCAGGUUUUAAGCAUGAAAUUAUACAUGUUUACCAUAAGUCCUUGCAUCCUGUGGUGCUAGGUAAGUGUGAGAAGGUGAUAAGGACUAAAAUAAAAAUUUUUUGUUGCUGAAAAAUAAGCCUAUUUGUAGGCAAUUUAAAUUUUGCUUACUAUUUAAAGUGUGUCUUACUACUACAAACAGUUCUUGCUUUAUGUGAGUUUGUAUUACUCAAAUUCAGCUGCCAGUCGGUGAGGCUCAGGAGCUUCAGACAGCAGCAGGGGCAGUGGGUGGGUGGUAUCAGUAGCUACCUAGCCCAGGGCAGGGGUCCUCUGUUCUGGGCACUGAAGCCAAUCAGGAUGCAGGGCCCCAGGCACUGGGCCAUGUGGAGCCCCUCCAAGGGGAGGGGAAGUCUGUUGGAAUGGUCCACUUAUGUCAGUCGAGAACUACCUAUUACAUGGCAUCAGCUACUGGGGUGUGUGUGCGUGUGUAUGUGCGCGCAUGCAUAUGUGUGUGUGUGUGUGUGUGUGUGUGUGUGUGUUAGAAGUUGUCUCCAAAUGAAAUAAUAAAUGUCCUGAAAUCUCAGCUCUGUAUUAAUUGGUUAAUAUAAAUCAUGUGUAUAAUUUAUUCAUAAAUGUCAUGUAUAAGCUCUUGCUAAAUAUGUAUGCAUGUUCUUAGAUUGAUACUUCUAAGGUUUUUUCAUUGGUAGGACAUUGUUAAGACACAACUGUAACUUAUGAAUCAAGUGUUACUAUAUUAUAAAUGACAGAUUUGUUUUAUUUCAUUAUAAAAUAUUUCAAGAAGA